AUUAAUUUCAAGUUGAAUCAAAACGUAAACAUACCUUGUUCGUAUAACCAUAACCAAAAGAAUUCAAGACAAAUGUCUGAACAUUUACAGCAUCAUCAUGUAACAAAUAUUACCUCUCAACCUUUGAGCAGUGAUUUAAAUGAUUAUUCAACAGAAGAUGAAGAAGUGAUGAAUAUCUUAAGUAAUAAUAUGACACAUAAUAACAACUUAACUUACAACAAUAGUAAUGUAAACCAAGUUGAAAACAGGUCAAACGGUGAACAUACAAAUGUAUUAAUUAAUAAUAUGGAAGAUACAGAUGAAAUGAACAAAAUAAAUGAAGAACAAUACGAUAGAUUAUCUGAUGAUGAAAUUAAUGAUAAACUUGAUAAUUUAGAUGAAUCUGUUAGUAAAAAAGAUAUGUAUAUUAUAUGGUUUAAUUUUUCUAAUAAUUGUAGGAAAAAAUAUUAUAAUAUGAUAGAUAAUGUAUGGACACGGUUUGAAUCCUUGUGUUCUUAUCAUAACAUUCCAAAAAAAAUUUUAUUUAAAUUAUGGAAUAAAGCAUAUAAUGAUCUUAUAUGUACACUUCAUAACAAAGAUUAUAUUUCCAUGAAACAAUUCUAUGAAUUAUUUGAUAAAAAUGAAUGUUCACGUAAUAAUUAUAUUCAAUUCAUUGAUGUCUUAGGAGAAUCAUGGUAUAACCUUACAAAAAAAAUGGAAAAUAAAUGGAACACAAUCUUACAAGGAAACAUAAUAAAAGGUACAUAA